AUGGAUGCUAACAGCGAUGAACUUAAAAGACAACUAUUCAUUGGUGGCUUAAACUUCCAGACAACAAAAAAAUCACUUAGAGACUUUUUUGAGCAAUGGGGUGAAGUUGAAGCAGCUGUUGUCAAGAAAUACCCUCAUACCCAACUAUCUCGGGGAUUUGGAUUUAUUACUUAUUCCCGUUUCUAUAUGGUUGAACUGGCCAUGUCAAAUACACCUCAUAUAAUAGAUGGUCGUAAAGUUGAAGUCAAGCCUGCUUUACCUCAUUCCAGAAAACAUAUCAGACAAUUAUUCAUUGGUGAUUUACACUCGAAGACAACAUAUGAAUCACUUAAAGAAUUUUUUCAGCAAUGGGGUGAAGUUGAAGCAGCUAUUGUCAAGAGAUGCCAUCAAACCAAUCGAUCUCGGGGAUUUGGAUUUAUUACUUAUUCUCAGUCGUAUAUGGUUGAUCAGGCCAUGUCAAAUACGCCUCAUAAAAUAGAUGGUCGUGAAGUUGAAACCAAGCUUGCUACUCCUCGUUCCGUAAAUGAAUUAAAUAUCAAAGUUGAUAGAAACAAAGUGUUUGUUUCUGGCAUAAACAAACAAUCAGAACAUGAUCUUUAUUUAUAUUUUAGACAAUUUGGCAAUAUCACUUCUAUAAAAAUAGUGAGAGAUAAAUAUACUGGUGACAUUAAAGGAUUUGGAUUUAUUAAGUAUGAUGUCCAAACUUCAGUUGACAAAGCUCUUUCAAUCAGAAGUCAUCUAGUAGCCGGAGAAAGAUUGUGCAUAAAGAAAGCUCUAUGUCGUAGAAUUUAUGUCCAUGACAUCCAAAGGAGUCAUGGUUAUGUUGGAGGAUUCCACCAUUUCGGUAAUAACAAUAACUUGUGUUUACCAAAGGGAGGAUUUUAUAACAACAUCAAUAUAUUUUAUUAAUUUUCCAACUCUCUUUAAUUUAAAUUUAUGGUUCAAUAUUUCUUCAUUUAUU